ACUCAAUAGCAGCAAUAGUAACGUUAACAUCAGGGGAAUUCCUACAGGAGACUAAAAUAUUCAUCAUUCAUUUUAGAUGCUUUGUGAGCUCCUAUCCUCAAUGAGCAGUUGAUAAUCCAAUACCCUCAUGCCUGAAUUUUGGAGACGCCUGUCUUUCCUUACACCUUUUGGCAAAGAUGCUUUGCCUGAUCUGAACAGGAGCCUGUGGUUAGUUGCCACGGCAGCAGCCCCGUCGGGUCUCCCCACUGUCCCCGCGGUGGCACGGCCGGACGCUAUAUUUAAGACUCCAGGAUGGGCACUCAAACAUGGGGAACAUUCUUUUGGGGAGAGUCAUUCUUAGUGUCAUCAAGAGGGAGAAGGAACUGCUCCGUUGUCCCUUCUCCUCCCCGAGGACAGGCACUCGCACUGUUGUCUUCACAGGCAAGAAAAUUCAUUUCUGACUUCCCAUCAUGGGAACCCGAACCUUCUUCCACCAGAGAGAGGAGGAGCACAAGGAGGAGAGGCAACACAGCUUGCAGAUGACCUCCACCACUAGGAAGAAAAAGUUCAAAACCAGUGAGGAAGAGGAGACUUUCAGCCCUUCAGACUUAUCCAUAGCAGCUGCCCUUGCCUUGACCUCCGAAAUCCCACUGGAUUACAAGAUAAGAAGAGAAGCUGACAUCCUAGAGCUAGAACAGAGGGGGCAAAAGACAAUUCGUUUUGGGAACUACAUGGAGAAGUUGGAAAAGGAGGUUAUCUGGAACUGCAGACUGCUGCGUGUGAGAGCUGACCGGAAGGCCCUUCGGAGGAAGGCUCUAGAAAAGGCUCGUAUGGAGAAGGAAUACGUUGAGCUGCUUUCGGGGCGGGCGCCGAUGUUCUGGAUCCCGCUCAGAGUCCACACUGUCUGGGAGAGGAUGGAGGUGACGCUGGCAUGCACGGUCCUGGCUUCCCCCCCGCCGCAGGUUACAUGGUACAAGAACGGGGUGCGCAUUGACCCUCGCCUGGCCCCAGCAGGAAAAUACAAGAUAAAAAACAAGUUUGGGAUGCUGACCCUGCACAUCAGCAGAUGCUCCAUGGAAGAUUCUGCUGAAUACAGCGUUGAAGUUAAGAAUCAGUAUGGCGAGGCUUAUUCCUUUGCCACUGUGCUUGUCAGGAAGUAUUAUGGAAAGGAGUCAGGAUUUGAUUCAGAAAUAUACAGAAGAUCCCUUAUGGCCAGAGAAGCAGAUUUUGCUUUUCCACUGAAACCCUUAUUUGCAAGAGAAAAGGAGCCUUUCACCCUCUCCUGCUACUUCUCCUCUGAUUUACCUGAACACCAGCGAAACAUCACCUGGUUCAGAGAUGGAGAGUUGCUGCAGAACUCUGAAUGCCAGGAACUAAAGUACCAAGAUCGGGAGGCUUCUCUGACCGUGGCAUGUGCUCACAAAGAAGAUGAAGGAUUCUACACUAUCCACGUGCCCUCGCUGGAUGGAUAUAAAGAGCAGACCACUUACGUGUUUGUUAGAGAUGCGGCAGCAGAAACAGCUGGGGCACCCGGGUCCCCACUCAACGUGAAAUGCCAUGAUGUCCAUAAAGACUGCUUGACCCUCUCCUGGGUGGCACCCAGUGAUCAUGGAGGAAGUCCGGUCCUGGGCUAUUAUAUUGAAAGGUGUGUUGUUGGGUCAGAGGACUGGGUCCCAUGCAAUGAGAAGCCUGUGAAGACCUGCAGACACCCUGUCUUGGGCCUUGCUGAAGGACAGACAUACCAGUUCCGCAUAAAGGCUGUCAAUAAACAGGGCGUAAGUCAUCCUUCAAAACCCAGUGAUCCAGUUACAACAUAUGACCCCAGCAAGGACAAGAGAGUGACAGUUAUCCAAUAUGACGAAGGCCGGACGAUAGAAAUCCUGAAGGAUGACCUGGAAGGACAUAUUAAAGUUCCCUUGCCACCCACCAAUGUUCAUGCAAGUGAGGUCAGAGAAGAUUAUGUGGCUUUGGCUUGGGAUGAGCCAGAUCCAAGAGGCAAAGAGCCACUGCAAUAUUAUGUGGAAAAGUCGCUUGUAGGCAGCAACUCCUGGCAAAUGGUUAAUCUGGACAUGCCAGCCAAUGCCCCAAGAUUUGCACUCUUUGAUCUUGUUAAAGGAAAAUCAUACUGCUUCCGUGUGCGGUCUAUGAACAAGUAUGGACUCAGUGAGCCAUCCCUGCCCAGCGAGCCUGUCACUGCUGGAGCAAAACUGGCUCCUCUGCCUCCACCAUCCCAGGUUUUAGCUUUCAGAGACACCAAGACAUCUGUUGCUCUGCAGUGGGAUAAGCUAAAGGAUGGUCUGGAGCCCCUUGGCUAUUACAUAUACUGUCGGGAGACUGGGACAGAAGAAUGGCAAACUGUCAAUAAUAAGCCCGUGACAUGCAACAAAUUUACUGUUCCCGGGCUGCAGCCUGGAAAAGAGUACGUCUUUUGUGUGAAGUCUGUCAGUGAGGCAGGACUCAGUGAAAGCUCACCAGAAACAGAUCCCAUCGUUGUACGGCCAGCUAUUGCUUGUCCAUCAGCACCGCACGGGUUUGUUCUCCUGCACUGUGGGAAGACCAACAUGACCAUUGCCUGGAAGCCCCCGAAGCGCAAGGGAGGAGCAAAGAUCCUGGGUUAUUUCCUAGAUCAGCAUGAUACAGCUGAACCGGACUGGCAUGAAGUCAACAUUCAGCCCACUCCUCAACGAGUUUACACGGUGAGCAACCUUGAGGAAGGUCACCUGUACCAAUUCCGUGCCUCUGCUGUGAACAUGGCUGGUGUAGGGGAAGUAUCUGAACCCAGCGACUCGUUCAAAUGUGAGGAAUGGACGAUGCGAGAACCAGGGCCCCCUUACGAUGUGCAGUGCUUUGAAGUAAGGGAUUCAUCCUUGCAGCUCCGCUGGGAAGCUCCACUGUACACAGGAGCCUCUCCAGUCACAGGCUACUAUGUGGACAUGUGUGAAGCAGGGUCAGAGGAUUGGAAACAACUGAAUAAGCAGCCCACAGCCACCACCCAUAUGAAGGUUUCAGAUCUGGAGACAGGGAAAUGCUACAUUUUCCGAGUAAGAGCACAGAACAAAGCUGGAAUUGGACCCCCUUCACUCCCCUCAGAUCCUGUGGUGGCUAAAACCAAACCUGGCACAAAUGAAAUUGAACUUGGGGUCGAUGAAGAGGGUUUCAUUUACAUGGCUUUUGAAGCUCCUGAAAAGAAUGACUCCUCUGAAUUUAUCUGGACAAAGGACUAUGAAGGACCACCAGAUGCUGACAGGGUUCAGAUGGAAGAGAAAGGCAAUAAAUCUAAGCUUAUACUGAAAGAGCCAUCAGAAAAGGAUCUGGGCAUAUAUUCCGUGGAGGUCACAGAUGUGGAUGAUGAUAUCUCGGCCAGCCGCACUUUAACAAAAGAAGAUCUGGACAAGUUACUGAAACGCAGCCAUGAAAUCAGGAACCCACUGAUCAAACUGAUAUCUGGAUGGAACAUCGAUGUUCUGGAGAAAGGAGAAGUGCGGCUAUGGCUGGAGGUUGAAAAGCUGUCGCCAAAUGCAGAGCUGCAUUUAAUCUUCAACGACAAGGAACUCAAGAGUACUCCGACACAUAAAAUAAACUUUGUCAAAGAGAAAGGUCUCGUGGAACUGAUAAUCCAGAACUUCUGUGAGGAUGAUAAAGGGCUGUACACAGCCCAGCUGCAAGACGGAAAAGCUAAAAAUCAAUUCACCCUCGUUCUUGUGGAUGAAUGUUUUGAUAAAGUCGCGGAGGAGGCUGAUGCAAAACGAAGACAAUGGAAGAAGAAGCAGGGCCCACAUUUCAUUGAGAACCUGAAAUGGAAGGUUACCGAGAGCUGCGAAGUACUCCUGACGUGCAAGGCAGCAAACCUGAGCAAGGACACCAGCUUCCAGUGGUUCUUCAAUAAGAAGGCACGAGCAGGUGGCACGUUUGAUCCGCAGACUGGGAUAGGAACACUUUGCAUUAAAAAGAUAACCAAAGCAGAUGAGGGCCAAUACAAAGCAGUUGUUUCAGAUGACCGAGGAGAGGACUACACCCAACUUGAUCUCACAAAAGGAGCAUUUGAAGACCUUCUCAAGGAGCUGUGCAGGAUCAGUGCUCUUUCUGCUACACCUCUCAAAAUUCAGCCUACUGCAGAAGGCAUCAAAAUCUACACAAAUGUGAAGUACUACACAGACUACAUGGAAACAACCUGGUAUCACAAGGAGAAACAACUGGAAAGCCGUGACAGGCUGAAAGCUGGGAGCACCAUGAACCAGAUCUGGCUUCACAUACUGGACCCUACAGACGCAGAUAAGGGAAAAUACACGCUGGAGUUAUUUGAUGGGAACAACUCCCACAAACUGUCAACUGACUUGUCUGGACAAGCUUUUGAAGACGCCCUGGCUGAGCACAAAAGGCUGAAGGAAGCCGCAAUAGCAGAAAAGCGUCGUGCCAGGGUUGUUCAAGGUCUGCCAGAUGUUGCCACUAUCAUGGAGGACAAGACCCUGUGUUUAACUUGCUGUGUAUCUGGAGAUCCUUACCCAGAAAUCACUUGGUUCAAAAACGAGAAGGUGAUUGUCUUCAAAGAUCGCUACAAAAUGGAUGUGAAGGGGACAGUUGUCACAAUUACCAUCGAGAAAGUCUGCAAUGAAGACACAGGAAAAUACAGCAUCUAUGUCAAGAAUAAGUACGGCUCCGAAAUAGGGCAGGUUACUAUCAGUGUCUAUAAGCAUGGAGAGAUACCAAUAGGGAUGGAAGAAAUGGAAAUCACAGGUGGGGUUGUCACAAAAAAGCCUAAAUGAAUUAGACAAUUAUGAAUUUUAAAGGAAUUUAAAUUCAUUUAAAUUUAAAUCCCUCAGAUUCCUUUCAGUAUCUCUGCCCUGAAAUUCAGGCUCAUUUAUUCUAGUAAUACUGUAGUAUUUUGGUAGUUGUUAGAGAACAAUUCUCAUGUGUUUGUGUGAGAGUGCACACACACGUCUGUGUACACACGGAUGCUCAACUUACAGAGAAACUCUUCCCUAGUAAACCUGUUUGGGCAGUACCAGAGGGUUCACAUACUAGAACCAGGUGUUCGGUGGAGGCUUUUUGUACUAAAUCACUAUGUGUUACUGAUUACCUUGUAGCUGACAAAUGCUUGUGUGUGUGUUAUUAAACCUAUACCCUUGGUGACACCUCA